GGUCUUUCGUUUUUGGUCAGUGUGCUCCUCUUCCUCCUCUCGGCUUCUCCUCCUCCGCACAGGUCCAAAACAUUUCGAUUCAUCGCCGGCAACAAUGGUGACUGCCAAGAAAACGAAGAAGUCUCAUGAAGGUAUUAACAGUAGGUUGGCCCUUGUGAUGAAGAGUGGUAAAUACACUCUUGGUUACAAGUCUGUUCUCAAAUCCCUCCGUGGCUCCAAAGGGAAACUGAUUCUCAUCUCCACCAAUUGCCCACCGUUGAGAAGAUCAGAGAUUGAGUACUACGCAAUGCUCGCCAAAGUUGGUGUCCACCACUACAAUGGAAACAAUGUUGAUUUGGGUACAGCCUGCGGAAAGUACUUUCGUGUUUCUUGCCUGAGCAUCGUUGAUCCUGGUGAUUCUGACAUUAUCAAGUCAAUUCCUGGUGAUCAGUGAUACACUUUUUGGUUUUGUUUCUCCCAGACUCUUAUCCAUUUUUGUAUUUGACCCUCUCAAAUUUUAUGAGCUAUAGACUUUUGUGUUCUUUUUUCGUUAAAUUUUCUUAUAUUAAGGAACGGAUACGAAAAUUCUCUAUAUCCUGCAAA